CGCUCUCACCCGCGUUGCAUGCCGGGACUUGGCGCGCGGGGCUCCCAUGCCUGUGCCGUGAAGGCGCCUUUUUCCUCCUCCUCCUCCGUCUCCUUCUCUCCUUCUUCUCCCGGCGCCAUGCCGGCCGCCCUCAACCCGGCUGGGGCUCCGGCCUUGCAAGAGGCGCUGGAGAACGCGGGGCGCAUCAUCGACCGCCAGGUCCAAGACGACCGCUGCUACCCGGACCUCUCCGAGCUGCUCUCGGUGCCCGCGCCCAGUAUUCCCUCAGUUUCUGGAAUGGCAGAUAUGGAUUAUCCUUUACAAGGACCUGGUCUUCUUUCAAUUCCAAAUCUACCUGAAAUAAGCUCAAUAAGGAGAGUUCCCCUGCCCCCUGAACUGGUUGAACAAUUUGGACACAUGCAGUGUAAUUGUAUGAUGGGAGUGUUCCCUGAGAUAAGCAGAGCAUGGCUGACCAUCGACAGUGACAUUUUCAUGUGGAACUAUGAAGACGGGGGAGACCUUGCUUAUUUUGAUGGUCUUAGUGAAACCAUUCUUACUGUGGGACUAGUGAAACCAAAAGCAGGGAUUUUUCAGCCACAUAUACGUCAUCUGCUGGUUUUGGCCACACCUGUGGAUAUAGUGAUUCUAGGACUCAGCUACGCUACAUUGCAAGCAGGUUCUGGAACAUUGAAUGAUAGUAUGUCUGGUGGAAUGCAACUUCUUCCAGACCCCCUCUACUCACUCCCUACGGAUAACACCUAUCUACUGACUGUAACAUCUACUGAAAAUGGACGUAUCUUUUUGGCUGGCAAAGAUGGUUGUUUGUACGAAGUUGCUUACCAGGCCGAGGCAGGCUGGUUUAGCCAGCGAUGUAGAAAAAUCAAUCAUUCAAAGAGCAGUCUUUCUUUCCUUGUUCCAUCGUUGCUUCAGUUCACAUUCUCUGAAGAUGAUCCCAUUGUACAAAUUGCUAUUGACAACUCCCGGAACAUCUUGUACACACGCUCUGAGAAAGGUGUAAUACAGGUUUAUGAUUUAGGUUCAGAUGGCCAGGGGAUGGUGAGGGUUGCUUCUGUUUCCCAGAAUGCUAUUGUGUCUGCAGCUGGAAAAAUUGCCAGGACCAUAGAUCGUUCUGUGUUUAAACCUAUUAUUCAGAUUGCAGUGAUAGAGAAUUCUGAAUCUAUAGACUGUCAGUUGCUGGCAAUAACUCACGCAGGUGUACGGAUGUAUUUCAGCGUAUGCCCAUUUAAGCAUCCUUUUGCUCGUCCAUCAUCUUUGAUGUUGAUUCACGUCCGCCUUCCCCCAGGAUUUUCUGCUGCUUCAAAUGUUGAAAAGCCAUCAAAAGUGCAUCGAGCACUUUAUACAAAAGGCACUCUGCUAAUGGCAGCUUCAGAAAGUGAGGACAAUUACAUUCUGUGGUGUAUUAAUCAUGAUUCGUUCCCUUUUCAAAAGCCAAUGAUGGAAACACAGAUGAAGACACCAGUUGAUGGGCAUUCCUGGGCUCUUUCUGAAAUAGAUGUACAGAAAACUCAGAAGAUUAUAACACCACUGAAUAAAGAUCUGAUUCCAGUAACAGACUACCCUGUAGUUGUGCAGCAACAUAUGAUACCACCAAAGAAAUUUGUCCUUCUUUCGGCACAGGGGAGUUUCAUGUUCCAUAAACUCAGACCAGUAGAUCAACUGCGACAUCUUUUUGUAUGUAAUGCAGGAAGUGAUGGAGAAGAUAUUGAAAGAUUUUUCAAACUGCACCCGGGAGAACAGGCUUGUGCCACUUGCUUAAUUCUUGCUUGCUCUUCUGCUGCUUGUGACAGAGAGGUGUCAAGCUGGGCCACCCGAGCAUUUUUCAGAUAUGGUGGUGAAGCACAGAUGCGAUUUCCAUCUGUUUUGACUCCUCCAAGUAAUGUAGGAUCUGCAAUGGGUUCUCCUUUUCUACCUAGUUCGCCUCUUCCUCCUAGUAGUCCAUACCCAAAUCCCAGCUUUUUGGCAACACCAUCAUCACAAGGUUUACAGCCUCCUGCGAUGUCUACUCCAGUAUAUGCUUCCAGUGGUCAGGUAUCUCAGCCUGGUGCUUCAGUUGGUGGCACAAUGUGCCCUGAGAUAGUAUUUUCUGGAAAGCACAAUGGAAUAUGCAUUUAUUUCUCUAGAAUUAUAGGAAACAUUUGGGAUGGCAGUAUUGUUGUGGAAAGGAUUUUUAAGACUGGCAACCGAGAAAUUAUUGCUAUUGAAAGUAGUGUCCCACCACAAGUGUUGGAAGUUGUGCUACAAGAAUUAAAAGGUCUACAGGACUUUUUGGACAGAAAUUCACAGUUUGCUACAGUAGGCUCCAUUAUAAAUCCAAGCUUUGCCACUCCAGCUAACCUUCAGCAACGAUUACGUGGACUCAUGCGAUCUGAUGGUGGAAUUUCUCAGCAAAUGCAGCUAGAGAUACAGAGGAAGUUUCAUGCAGAGGCGCAAUUGGCUGAGAAGGCCUCCCUACAGGGCAUCCAGCAGCUUGUUCGAAAAACCUGCCAGGCCUUAGCUUUGUGGAAGCUUCUUUGUGAGCAUCAAUUUAAUAUUGUUGUGGGUGAGCUUCAGAAGGAACUUCAAGAACGUUUGAAGGUCACUACAUUCAGAGAUUUAGUAAUUAGAGACAAAGAGCUCACUGGGGCUCUCAUAGCAUCACUUAUCAACUGUUACAUCAAAGACCAUGCUGCUGUCGAUGGCAUUAGUUCACAUUUGCAAGACAUCUGUCCCCUACUGUACAGCACAGAUGAUGCUAUCUGCUCAAAGGCAAAUGAAUUACUACAGAGGUCCCGACAAGUUCAAAACAAAUCUGAAAAGGAAAAUAUGCUCAGAGAGUCAUUGAGAGACUAUCAGAAGAUUAGCACACAGGUGGAUCUUGCAAAUGUCUGUGUACAGUAUAGACAAGUGCGCUUCUAUGAGGGCGUGGUGGAACUUGCUCUGACUGCUGCAGAAAAGAAGGAUCCCCAAGGCCUUGGACUCCAUUAUUAUAAAAACGGGGAACCAGAAGAAGAUGUCACUGGAUACCAAGCUUUUCAGGAAAGAGUAAACUGUUACAAGUGCAUCACAGACACCCUUCAGGAGCUUGUCAAUCAGAGUAAAGCUGCGCCACAGUCUCCCAGUGUGCCAAAAAAGCCUGGUCCGCCUGUGUUGUCAUCUGAUCCCAAUAUGUUGAGCAAUGAAGAAGCAGGGCAUCAUUUUGAACAAAUGCUAAAACUGGCCCAGCGGUCCACAGAUGAACUUUUUAGCAUUGCCCUUUAUGGCUGGUUGAUCCAAGCUGAUCUCUCAGAUAAACUACUACAGAUAAACUCCCCUUUUAUGGAGCCAUAUCUGACACGUAUGGCCAAAACUGAUCAAAACAAAGUCCGCUAUAUGGAUCUGCUCUGGAGGUUUUUUGAAAAAAGCAGAAGUUUUAGUAAUGCUGCGAGAGUGCUGGCAAAACUAGCAGACAUGCACAGCACUGAAAUUUCACUUCAGCAGCGCCUUGAAUAUAUUGCCCGAGCUAUUUUGAGUGCAAAGAGCUCCACGGCCAUAUCACCCAUAGCUGCAGAUGGCGAAUUUUUGCAUGAAUUGGAAGAGAAAAUGGAAGUUGCCAGAAUACAGUUUCAAAUACAAGAAGCAUUGCACCAUCAGUGUUCUCAUCAUUCUUCAGUGCAAGAUGCAAUUUCUCAGCUGGAUUCUGAAUUGAUGGACAUCAGCAAGCUCUAUGGGGAAUUUGCUGAUCCAUUCAAGCUCUCUGAGUGUAAGCUAGCCAUUCUCCAUUGUGCUGGGCAUUCAGACCCUAUCAUGGUGCAGACCCUUUGGCAAGAAAUAAUUGAGAAAGCGCUGAGUGACAGUGUGACUUUAAGUGCUCCUGAUAGGAUGCAGGCGCUUAGUCUGAAGAUGGUAACACUUGGAAAAAUUUAUGCCGGGACACCUCGCUAUUUUCCUUUAGAUUUCUUAGUGCAGUAUCUAGAACAGAAGGUUUGUUCUUUGAACUGGGAUGUGGGGUUUGUUACUUAUACGAUGCAAGAAAUUGGUGUGCCACUACCAAGACUACUUGAAGUAUAUGAUCAGCUAUUCAAAGCACGGGAUCCAUUCUGGAGUAAAAUGAAGAAGCCUUUGCACCUCUUGGAAUGCAUACAUGUAUUAUUAUCAGGAUACGUGCAAGACCCUAACAAAGUGCUUGCCUUUGAAAGACGGCGAUUCACCAAUAUUUGUUUGGAUGCAGUUAGCUGUUACCUUGUUGAACUGCAGUCCACAAGUCCAACACUAGCUGUACAGACAAUUACAGGGAACUUUAAAACUUUGCAGGCUAAAUUAGAGCGGCUUCAUUGAAUACAUUGAAUUGAGUUACCAUACAACUGUUUGUCCAGACAGAAUGAAAAGUCUCUGCACUGGAAACUGGAAAAGAACUCUAAAAAGAAUCAAGUUCCUGCUGAAGUGGAUGUCUGAAUGAUUUAUAUUCUGUAUUGUGUGUUCUUCACCAAUCCCAUAUAUAACAAAAUGUACAAAUGGCAGGUGAUUACUUUUUUUUUACUACUGCCAGCUUUUUCUAACAAUACAACAGUUUUACAUACUUUGGAUUAAAAUGCAAUGUAUUAUUUUUCUUUAGCGAUUAAAAUUAUUUGUAAAAUGGGUUUUGUUUUCAAUUUUAAAUAAAAUGCACUCAAGAUUUUUGACUUUAA